AGAAUAAAGCAAGGUUGUGAUUGUGAAAGAUAUAAAUAGUAAUGUUGGGAAAAAACAAAUAUAAAAGUGGGGCUGUCGUUUUCUCCGAUUCCUCCUCGCCCCCACGCAGCGGCGGGGCCGGAAUUUGUCGUCACAUCCCGGCGGCUGAAGUCAACGGUUGUGGUCAAAUCCCAGCCAGUGGAACUUCAACUCGCUGUCCAUGGAAGACUUUCCAAGCCGUGUUCGACUAUUCUAUUCAUAAAAUUUGCGGUUCCAUUCAUUUCUCCCUUCUGACUUAUUCGCAGCUCAAUUGAAUAUUCGCAGCCAUCAUUUUGCACUCCGUUUUCCUCUUCUUAGAGGGAUUAUAUUUGUUUGGAGAGAGAGAGAGAAGAAGAAGAAGAUAGGUUGCAGUUUGGUACAACUGAAAAACGAGAUUCUUUCGGGGAAGAGAGAGAGAGAGAUGAAUACGUUGGGCGGCGCCGCCGAGGGCGCGGCGGAGAUGGUCCGGAAAUACAAGGCGUGGGAGGGCAGUAAUAAAUUCUGUCUUGGGGGAAGGUUCAUUUUUGGUCCUGAUGUAAGAUCGGUAUUUCUGACGGUGUUUCUUAUAGUUGCUCCUGCUGCUGUUUUCUGCGUAUUCGUUGCAAGGAAACUGAUGGAUGAUUUUUCUGGUGAUUGGGGGAUUGCAGUUUUAGUUGUAUUUAUUGUUUCGACUGUAUAUGUUUUGGUGCUGCUUCUAUUGACUUCUGGAAGGGACCCUGGUAUUGUUCCUCGCAAUGCUCAACCUCCCGAACCAGAAACUUACGAUAAUAGUAUGGAAUUGGGCUCUGGCCAAACGCCUCGCUUGCCUCGUACAAAAGAUGUUAUAAUUAAUGGAACUACUGUGAAAGUCAAAUACUGCGAUACGUGUCUGCUGUACAGGCCUCCACGCUGUUCGCAUUGUUCAAUAUGUGACAACUGUGUGGAACGAUUCGACCAUCAUUGUCCCUGGGUUGGACAAUGCAUUGGACUGAGGAAUUAUCGGUUCUUUUACAUGUUUGUCUUCUCCACGACGCUUCUUUGCUUGUACGUUCAUGGGUUUUGCUGGGUGUACAUUAAGAAGAUAAUGGACAGUGAGAAUUCAUCCAUAUGGAAAGCUAUGGCCAAAACACCCGCUUCCAUCGCUCUCAUUGUUUACACUUUCCUUGCACUCUGGUUUGUGGGUGGGCUCUCCAUCUUCCAUCUCUACCUCAUCACUACAAACCAGACGACGUAUGAGAAUUUCAGAUACCAAUAUAGCAGGCGUGCCAAUCCCUACAACAGAGGAAUAAUUGGAAACUUGAUGGAUAUAUUCUGCAGCAGUAUUCCUAAAUCGAAGAACGACUUCCGGGCCAAGGUGCAGAAGAAGCCUAUGAUGCCUUCUCACUCAGUGGGUGCUAGUUUCGACAGUACAACCUUGGCGGUUUCCAAGAGGGUGCAAGAAAAGUCGAUUUGGGACGAGACGAAUGAAAGAGCCCUCGCCAUAGGGUCGAACCGGGUAACCCUUUCUAGUAAUGGUGAUAGUGUAACAGAAUAUCAGCACUAGUUGUAAGCAAGAACAUUGAGCUGAAGAAGAUGGCGGCCAGAUUUGUGUGUGUGUGUGUGUGCAUAUGUAGUUUCAAUAGAAUUCGGUUUUUGCUAUUCUCUCUCUUCUGUGUGACAUGGCAAUUUCAUUCACAAGACCUUACAAGAGCAUUGCUGUUUAUACAUUGUAUAAAGUAAAUAAUGAUAGUCA